AUGCAGAUCAAGCUCAUCGCGCUCUCCGCUCUCCUUCCUGGUACCCUCGCCCAAUGGGGCAGGGGAAGAGAGAGAGGAGGAGGCAGCGGUGGUGGCAACAACAAUGGGGGCGGCAACAACAACGCGCAGCCCCCCAACCCUCCGUACGGCGCGACACAGAGCACAUGGGGACAAUGUGAGACCUUCCAUCUCCCACUCCUAGGCGGAGAGGGCGGAGGGCGCACAUACGCCGGCGCCGUGGCUUGUCCUACUGGAGCCUACUGCAGGUUCGACGGCAAUGAGUGGUACCAACAGUGCGUGCCCAACAACUACCCCAACCACAACGGCCCGCCCGGAAACAACCCGGGCGGUCCUGGCGUCGUCACGCGCACCAUCACCACGGUCGUCACCAUCGAUGACCCCCGGCCCACCCGGGUCACCACCUUCAUCACUUACCUCCAGCCCAUCACGACCCCUAUCCGGAACACCGUCGUCACGCUGGUCCCGGAUCAGCCCUGGCGGCCGGACGAGUAG